AUGAUUAGACAAUCAUUAAUGAAAACAUUGUGGGCUAAUUCCCCCAGGUUUAGUCUACAGAGCAAGCCAGGCCUUGCGAACUGUGCCAAAAAUAGAUCGUUCCAUGCAGCAAGAAAUUUGCUACAGGACAAGAAAGUGAUUUUGCAAAAAGUGGCGCCCACUACCAGUGUUGUUGCGAAGCAGUCCUUUUUCAAGAGAACUGGGAAGUUUACUUUGAAGGCUUUAUUGUAUUCUGCUCUGGCGGGUACGGCUUAUGUUUCCUACUCACUUUACAGGGAAGCUAAUCCUUCUACACAAGUUCCUCAAUCGGAUACUUUUCCCAACGGAUCGAAGAGAAAGACGUUGGUAAUUCUGGGCUCUGGUUGGGGGUCUGUGUCGCUUUUGAAAAAUUUGGAUACUACGUUGUAUAAUGUUGUUGUUGUUUCUCCAAGGAAUUAUUUUCUCUUCACUCCGUUAUUGCCAUCUACCCCAGUGGGUACCAUUGAAUUGAAAUCCAUUGUCGAACCUGUCAGAACUAUUGCUAGAAGAUCGCAUGGUGAAGUCCAUUAUUACGAAGCUGAAGCAUAUGACGUUGAUCCUGAAAACAAAACAAUCAAGGUCAAAUCAUCUGCCAAGAAUAAUGAUUACGACUUGGAUUUGAAAUACGACUACCUAGUUGUCGGUGUGGGUGCUCAGCCAAACACUUUCGGUACCCCAGGUGUUUACGAAUAUUCUUCUUUCUUGAAGGAAAUUUCCGACGCUCAAGAAAUCAGAUUAAAAAUCAUGUCCAGUAUUGAAAAAGCUGCCUCUCUGUCUCCAAAAGAUCCUGAAAGGGCGAGAUUGUUGAGUUUUGUUGUCGUUGGUGGUGGGCCCACUGGUGUUGAAUUUGCCGCUGAAUUAAGAGAUUACGUUGACCAGGACUUGAGAAAAUGGAUGCCCGAAUUGAGUAAAGAAAUUAAAGUCACUUUGGUGGAGGCUUUGCCAAACAUUUUGAACAUGUUUGACAAGUAUCUCGUUGACUAUGCUCAAGAUUUAUUCAAAGAGGAAAAGAUUGAUUUAAGAUUGAAAACAAUGGUUAAGAAAGUUGACGCUACCACUAUAACCGCCAAAACUGGUGAUGGCGAUAUUGAAAGUAUACCGUAUGGUGUGUUAGUUUGGGCCACAGGUAAUGCGCCAAGGGAAGUCUCCAAAAACUUAAUGUCUAAAUUAGAGGAACAGGAUUCAAGACGUGGUUUGUUGAUAGAUAACAAACUUCAAUUGCUGGGUGCUAAAGGCUCUAUUUUCGCCAUUGGUGAUUGUACUUUCCACCCUGGUUUGUUCCCUACCGCACAAGUGGCCCACCAAGAAGGUGAAUACUUGGCUCAAUAUUUCAAGAAAGCUUAUAAAAUCGAUCAAUUGGAUUGGAAAAUGACUCAUUCUAAAGAUGACUCGGAAGCCGCCAGAUUAAAGAACCAGAUUGUCAAAAUUCAGUCACAAGUUGAAGAUUUCAAAUAUAACCAUAAGGGUGCCCUAGCUUACAUUGGUUCAGAUAAAGCCAUCGCUGAUCUUGCCGUUGGUGAAGCCAAAUAUAGGUUAGCUGGCUCAUUCACUUUCCUAUUCUGGAAAUCUGCUUAUCUAGCAAUGUGUUUGUCCUUUAGAAAUAGAGUCCUUGUCGCUAUGGAUUGGGCUAAAGUUUAUUUCUUGGGUAGAGAUUCAUCUAUCUAG